CGACUUGUUUCCUGAUCCACAAAGGCGAGGGAAGGCUAUCGAUCGCAGCCCCAACGAUAACAAUAACUCCAACACCUAUCGGGACUUCCAACCACAAGUCGAGAUUGUCGACAUGGCUUCCUCUUCCACGGCGCUCCUCCUCAACCCUCUCCUUUCUAACUGCGGCGCCGGCCGCCGUGGCGGCGUCCGCUGCUUCAUCAAACCCUCAUCCUCCCCUCAGCCGGCGCCGCGGCAAAUUCUCGGCGGCAGGAGGAACUGCCUUCUUUUCCUCGUCCUCUCCACCGCUGCACCCCUCGCCGCUCUCCCUCCCCAGGCCAGGUCGCAGGAAAUCCCGCUCUUCGGGCUCCGGAAGAGGAUAAAGAAGAUCGAGGAGGAAGCGGAGGAGAUCGUGGAGGAGGGGGAGAAGGCGGUGGAGCAGGGUAUCGCGGCGGCCGAGAAGGGCAUCGUGGCGGCGGAGAAGGAGAUCCAGGCAGCGGAGGAGGGAAUCGUGGCGUCGGCCGGCGUCGGUGUUGCUGGGGAUCUUCUGCAGGCCGGCGCGGUGGCCGGGGCGGAGGCCGUCGGCGUGCUUGUAGGCGUCUCCGUCGUGAAUGGGAUUCUCGCGCCAGAGCGCCAGAAACUCUAGCCCUUCGAUUCUCAUCAUUGAGGUCGUGCCUCGUUUGGUAUCUCUCAGAAUUUUCACGAACCCAUUGAGGCAUGUAUGAUAUGCUGUAACUACUACCAUGUUAUAUCGGUUAAUUUGUGUUCUGGGUUUA